AUGACCAUGCCUACCUUCAAGCUAUCCCGAAGGUUCUUCAACUUGCAAGUCAAAAGUGAUGGUGGUCACGACAAGCAGGCUGCGCCCUCGCUGACCGCUCGAUCUCCAUCGACCCACGAAACCACAACAGCUCAGCAGCAGCCACAUGGACAAGAAGUACGAAGAACCGGAUCUAUCAAGUUCAAGCAAAGCAACGGUUUCCUCUCCCUGCCAGGCGAAGUCCGGAACCUCAUCUACUCGUACGCCAUCUUCCCCAGUCUCGAAACCAUCACCAUCUUCCACCACGCCGACACAUUCCUCACUCUCCCCGUCUUUCGCGUCUCGCGCCAGGUGCGCCAAGAAGCGGUUUCCUAUUUGUGCACCGAGCAUACUGUCUAUCUCUCCGGCCUGAACGUCGCAAACGACUUCUUCAGCGCCGUGGGCGAGAAUGGCUUGAGGAGCUUGCGCCACGUCACUGUCCGCUCCGCAGAUACUUGGCAUCAGGACUCAUCGAAGGCGAGUGCGAUUAAGUCUGUGUUUUUGGGUUACAUGAAACUGGCUACGGAUCUCCGACGUUUUGUGUUCGUCGUUGGACAGUUUCCGUUGUCGAGGGAAGACGAGGUACAUUUGACGUCUGCGCAUUCGUCGGGCGCCAAAUUCAUUUGCGCUGUCAAAGAUGUGGUCAAUGGGAUCGAAGGCAUUGGUAGUAAGGCGACGUCAUAUAACAGAGUAGAUUGGACUGGUGAGGGAGUGGACGAAGGACACAGAGUUGAGCGCCUGGGUACGGAGCAUGACAGCGACGGGGUGCAUAGAAAUGUGUUCCGCUUGUACAAGGCAAACGGGAUCGUGGGGGAGGUAGUUGAACUCGAGCUACCCAGUUGCCCAUCUGCAUCUUCACAUCUGGUCGAGGUUGGACAUGUCGAAGCCCAUUGA